CGGUCAGUGUUCCUGGAGUGGGGCAGCACUUCUAAAUUGCUGACGGGUGGGGCACUGGUUCUGUCUGUGUCCCUGGGGGUGAUGAGUUGGUUCCCUCUGCGUUGCUAGGGCUAAGGGGAUUGCUGCUUGUCCUUGUGAGUAGGGUCGGUUGUGCCUGGCCUAGCUGGGCUGGGGGAGUUUGCUUUGCAGUCGGUCCCUUAGCCAUUGGGAUGGCUUCUGGGUCUUGCAGGGUGACCAGCAUGUACAGGGAGUGACCCUUACUCUGGGGUUAGCUUGGAAGCCAGGUGCACAGCUCUGCCACCUGUGUGAGUUUAUUGGGAACUCUGAGGGGUUCAGGGGUUUGUGUGACAGCUCUUCUUCUCCUUAGGUGAGCCCUCUGGCGAGGGAAAGGCCCCUCUGCUUCUGGGCCAGGGAAACAUGUCCCGUCGGAAACAGACCACUCCUAAUAAAGUUCACUUGAUCAAGAUCUUCUAUUUCUGCAACAUCGUAUCACCAGCAUGUCUCAGAGGAGACCAGCCUAUGAAUAUGCUGCCAGGUGGCGUGAAGUGAACACACAGGCUCUGGUAUCCACCUAAGGAUACCACUUGGAUUUCAUGCACGAUACAAUACUGUAUGAACAGGUAGCUGAGCAGCUCUUUGGUGUAGGCAAGUGGUGCUACAAGCAGAAAAAGGGACUGAAAAUCCUAUACAAAGUGGCUCAGGACAAUAAUCAUCUCUUCAGCUCAGGAUGAAAACCUGACCCCUUUUAUAAUGAGCGGCACCGAACUUUUGGGACUUGCCCAUCUACCCAGCCUCUGGACCGUCUGGGGAGCCUGGGAGUGCCAUGCAGAGCAUUUCUGAUGGAGCAGGAGUACACGGGCAGAGCAUCCGCUCCAGGAACUGGCUGUGUGAGGUGUCAGUCAGAAAGGGAGACUUCAGGCGUAUUACUGGGAUCUCCUCUGGGGAUGGAGGAGGCAUUAGGACCACAGUUAGCACAGAAAUACUCAAUUUCCUGGCUGCACUCAAAUGGGGAAUAGCAGGGAAAACUUCAGAAGAACACCGAAACCACAAUAAAAUGUUCUUACAGCUUUGUGGACCUGCCAGAACAGGGAUGUGCAGGUGCGUUAGCUCCCUAGUGAGACAGUGUCCGGUCCGGGAAAAGGAAGUAUGGAGAAGACCUGUGUGAACAAGGACGCUGGUUCCUCACUGAACUUGUCCAAGUGUUGAACAGGCUCAUCUCAGAACUUCUGCAGGCUGAGAAGAACAGGGACGUAUGCACAGCUAUUUUUAGAACAUGAGCGAUGUGAAUGGAGGAGGCAGAGUUCCAGUGGGGAAGGGUUCAGGAAAAACUGCCUGCCAUGUUUUCACCAUCUGGCCUUAGCAGCCAUUCCUUGCCUUGCUGUCCAUCAGCACAGGGCUGCCAUUCUCCAGCAGCCCGUUCCUCACAAGAGAGUGGAAAGGAGAACCGGAGCCCCGCGAGAGGCACUGCCAGGAACGGUGGCGUGCUCUCUCGAGCCAGUGGUGGUGUAACUCUGGUGCCUUGCUUCGGUAUUGCAGCAGACCUGCAGCAUUGUUUGUAUUUAAUAAAGAAAGUUGUGGGAAAGGGUCUCUGGUUUGGGUAUGGAGCAUGCUGUCCUUUAUUCCCCAAGCUACUCCUUGGACUCCUUUACAAAAGGAUGCAACAGCACCAACAGAGGAGCUAUACGAACGCACGCAGACGGUGAGAGGAAACAACCUUGUUUGGAGCAUCUGGUCCAGCUGUACCCCAACGAUGCACUUCUCCACCAGUCCCCUUAGAGGCUAGGGGAGCAAGUCUUUGCAGGGCUGGAGGAGCAAGCCCGCCAGGCCAUGAUGAAAAACGACUUUUCUGGAGCCUUCGGAGACCCGCGGCCAACAAUUCACCAGCUGCAGGAUCAGGACUCCAGCAGCAGCGACAGCGAUGGUGAGGAGGAGGAGACCACGCAGGAUGAAGUCUCUUCUCACACUUCAGAGGAGGAUGGCACAGUGGUGACAGUGAAGAAGGAACUCGAAAAUGCAGAGCAGCCUGUAGCAGGACACCAGCAGAUUGGAGAGAGCGAGGUGACUGAGAAUCUGAAUACAGCACUUAUGCUGGGUCUGUCGCAGUGCCCGCUCUGCCAGCUGGAAUGUGGGAGCCGAGAGCAGCUCAUUGCUCACGUGUACCAGCACACUGCAGCGGUGGUCAGUGCCAAGAGCUACCUGUGCCCAGUGUGCGGCAGAGCACUCAGCUCCCCAGGGUCCCUGGGGCGACACCUCCUGAUCCACUCAGAGGACCAGCUGUCAAACUGUGCAGUCUGUGGGGCGCGCUUCACCAGCCAUGCCACGUUCAACAGUGAGAAACUGCCAGAGGUGCUUAGUGCGGAUUCCCUGCCCCUCCCGCACAGCGAGGGCCCUUCUGGUGCUGAGGGGAAGGACGCUGCCUUUAACGCCCCUGUAUACCCUGCGGGCAUCCUGCUCGUGUGCAACAACUGUGCUGCCUAUCGCAAGCUGCUGGAGGCGCAGGCUCCGGGGGUGCGCAAGUGGGCCCUUCGCCGGCAGAACGAGCCGCUGGAAGUGCGGCUUCAGCGCCUGGAGCGGGAGCGCACGGCCAAGAAGAGCCGGCGGGACAACGAGACGCCCGAGGAGCGGGAGGUGAGGCGCAUGCGGGACCGAGAGGCCAAGCGCCUGCAGCGCAUGCAGGAGACAGAUGAGCAGCGGGCGAGGCGGCUGCAGAGGGACCGGGAGGCCAUGAGGCUGAAACGUGCUAACGAGACCCCGGAGAAGCGGCAGGCUCGGCUCAUCCGGGAGCGCGAGGCCAAGAGGCUCAAGCGGCGCCUGGAGAAAAUGGACAUGAUGCUUCGGGCCCAGUUCGGCCAGGACCCCUCCGCCAUGGCUGCCUUGGCAGCCGAGAUGAACUUCUUCCAGCUGCCUGUGAGCAGUGUGGAGCUGGAAAGCCAGCUGCUGGGCAAGAUGGCCUUUGAGGAGCAGAGCAACAGCACGCUGCAUUGAGCUGCAGCCAAGCACCGCCACGGCCCCAUCUGGCCCACUAGGCACCCGCAGCCGUGUCCCCACUCCUCCCACAACAGCCAGGUCUGGGGAUGGAGCUGGGAGGCCUCUGCCCAGGCAGCUCUGGUGAGAGCGGGCUGGCAGGAUACAGUCUGCUCAGCAACCAAGCAACCCACGAACAGAGGGAAAUAAAUUAAUUUUAUGUGUAAUGAGUCACCGUUCGUGCCUGUUGCUUCCUCCUCUGCUUGGAUCCUGGUGGUGGAGCUGGCUGCUGCGGUGCCUCUCUGCAGGUGAAGAGCCUCCCUCAGAGGGAGGGCAGCCUGGGUGUCCAUUCCCACCCUGACUCCACCUGGGGAAGAGGGUCUCUGGGUUACAGCAGCACAAGCCGUGGGGUAGAGGAUGUGGUUUGGCCCCGGCACAGGGCAAGUCGCUCAGUCUUGGGGUCUGUACAAGAGGGGGCCGUUGCCAGUAGUGCUGGUUCCAGGAGCCCUCAGAACAUACUAGAAGAGACCGUUCCAGCCGCCAGGAACCCAGGCUAAGCAGACAGGUGGGGAAAGGGAACAAUCAGCGGUAACCUGCCUUUCUUGGCAGCGUGGCAAGAGGAGUAGGGUUGCCAGCCUCGCGGAGUGUCCAGCACUCUGAGUCGGGCUCCACUGAAGCCCAUCCAGAAGGUUUUGGCCACUGACAGUCGGUUGGAGCAGCGGGGCUAAGGCAGGCUCCCUGCCUACCCUGGCCCAGUACAACUCCUGGGAGCAACCGGCAUGUCUGGCUUCUAGGCACAGGGCAGUCAGGGGGUCGCUGCGUGCUGCCCCUGUCCCAAGUGGCAACUCUGCAGCUCCCAUUGCUUGGAAAGUGCAGCCAGUUGGAGCUGCGGGGACAGUUUCUGCCGGGAGGGGCAGCGUGCGGAGCUAUUUGGCCACCCCUAAGCCUAGCAGCCAGAGGGACAUGUCACUGCUUCCCUGUAGCCUCCUGGCCAGAACCUGCACGUCAGACCCCUUCCGUACCCCUCCCCCUGCCUGAGCCCUGAGCCCCUUCUCACACCCAAACUCCUCCUGCAUCCCGACCUCUUCCCAAGCCCCCUCCUGCAGCCUGAGCCCCAGCGCCAGCCCAGAGCCUGCACCCUUAGCUGGAGCCCUCAAUGCCCUGCACCAGGCUCAACCCACUCCGAACCCCUCUGCCCCAGCCCGGAGCCCACACUGCCAUCCCUCUGCCCCAGCCUGGGGAAGGUGAGCGAAGGUGGGAGACAGAACGAGCAAGCGACAGGGAGGGGUGUGUGGCUUCAGAGAAGGGGAGGUCUAGGUUGG